GACAUCACUGUAUGAAACAACCCACUGAAGGCUGGAGUUUAGAUGAUGCACAAAGCAAGAAGUCACUUUUCCACGGGUCUCCUAACUGACACGCGCUCAAUCUUGAAAACAAGAUCCUUUUAAAAUCUAACAUACUGAGUUUGGAGCUGUUUUUUUCUUCUUCUCGUGCUUACAGAAACAUACUGGAAUUUAACUAUGACUAUCAUUAUGCCAUAUUGUGCGUCGUUUCUCUCUUUUCCACUCGAAUUGGUGUUACAAAUCUGAUCCAAAAUGAAGUUUGGGAAGAAUAUAUGCAUCCUAAACGUUGGUGGCACCAAAUAUGCUUUCACUAGAGAAGUUAUAAAGGAUUUUCCCCUCCGAAGAGUGAGCAGACUGCACAGCUGUUCCUCUGAAAAAGAGGUCUUGGAGGUAUGUGAUGAUUAUGACCGAGAGAGGAACGAGUUUUUCUUCGACAGGCACUCCGAGGCUUUUGUCUUUAUUAUGCUUUACGUGCGAUCUGGAAAGCUCAGGUUCGUCCCGCAGAUGUGCGAGCUUUCCUUUUACAACGAGAUGAUCUACUGGGGUUUGGAGAGCUCACAUUUGGAGUUUUGCUGCCAGCGACGAUUGGAGGAUAGGAUGUCCGACACUUACACGUACUUUUCAGAGGAGGACAUCAAGGCUGAGGUGGAGUCCAGAGGAGAGGAGGAUCAGGUCACCAGGUUCUCCUCCGAGAGAGGGAACGCGCGGUGGCUGGAGAGGAUGCGGAGGACUUUUGAGGAACCAGCUUCGUCUGUCGCUGCGCAGAUCCUGGCUUCAGUGUCAGUGGUUUUUGUUAUUAUGUCUAUGGUCAUCCUCUGCGCGAGUACUCUACCGGACUGGGAUACAGCAAAAAACAACACAGUGGAAGAACACAGGAUCAUCGAGGCAGUAUGCAUUGGCUGGUUCACAGCCGAAUGCAUAGUGCGCUUCAUUGUCUCACGGGACAAAUGUGAGUUUGUGCGCCGCCCCCUUAACAUUAUUGACCUCCUGGCGAUCACUCCUUACUACGUGUCUGUCACUGUGACAGCGCUAACAGGAGAAAACCCUCAACUACAGCGUGCAGGAGUCACCCUGCGUGUACUACGAAUGAUGCGCAUCUUUUGGCUAAUCAAGCUGGCGCGUCACUUCCUCGGGCUGCAGACGCUCGGGCUGACGCUGCGCAGGUGCUACCGCGAGAUGGUCAUGCUGCUGGUGUUUGUCUUCGUCGCGAUGGCGAUAUUCAGCGCCCUGGCACAGCUAUUGGAGCACGGCCUUGACCUGGAGACUAGCAAUGAGGACUACGCCAGCAUCCCGGCAGCCUGCUGGUGGGUUAUUAUCUCCAUGACGACUGUCGGCUAUGGAGACAUGUACCCCAUCACCAUCCCGGGACGCGUGCUGGGUGGCGUGUGUGUUGUGAGUGGCAUUGUGCUGCUGGCUCUGCCCAUUACCUUUAUCUACCACAGCUUUGUGCAGUGCUACCACGAACUCAAAUUCCGCUCAGCACGCUGCGUGCGAAGUCUCUCUUCUGAGUUUCUCAACUAACUGUAGCAUAGAUCGUCCUGAGAACCUGCUGGUCUUCAGCGUAGUAAAAUCACCUGCUCUUCUGUGCCUUUAUACUGAAACAAGAUCUGAAAUAUAGCGAAGGAACGCGCUGCUUCUAAUAUGUAAAAAUCAGCAUUUAGACUCUCUUUGCGAACCUGUUAUAUCCAAAUAAUAGCACAAGUACCUCUGUACUCAAGGACACAUUCUGGAAUUCGGUGAUUUUGGACAGUACAGGCAUCUGGAGCAAUUUCUGUAUUACAGAAUAAGGCAAAAGAGACAAAUCCCCAACUCAAAGCUGGAAAAUGCACAAUAAAGCAUUACAAUCCAAAGGAAAUACAUUAGCCAAUGUUUGUGUUGUAAACCCCUUCCUGUGUGAACGAACAAAACCGAUCCAACAGCAUUUGACGACUACAGAUGGCCAGGCUGCUUGGAACAGGCAUCUGGCGGGACCUUGUGUCCUGACAGUGCUCCAGCCUAGAAGGAGCUUACACGAAUUCUCAUGUUUCCAUGGAGAGGUCCCUCCGACUUGUUAAAUCAUUAAUUCAGCUCCCAGUAAAGCGGUAAUGCAAGGGGAACUAAAGUGAAAGGUUUUAGACUGGCCAAAUAGCACUAAUACUGUGAAAAGGCCUGCUCACACUAAGGAUGGUAACUGUAAUGAUAACAAUAAAGAUAAGUCCCCCUGCAGUCACAAAUUUUUAAUAGCAAAAUUAUAUAUUUUUUCCCCAUUCAAAUAUAUUUUAUCUUAAAAUGGCUUGAAUAUAACUCUUAAUUCAUUUAGUUUAUUUUACCCUGGACCACAAAACCAGUCAUAAGGGUCAAUAUUUCGAGAUUUCCAUUAAUGUAUGGUUAUUUAAGAUAGGACAAUAUUUGGCCAAGAUACAACUAUUUGGAAAUAAUGAAUCUGAGGGUGCAAAGAUAUUGAGAAAAUCGCCUUUAAAAUCGCCCAAACGAAGUCCAUAGCAAUGAAUAUUACUUUUGGUAUAAAAUAAAAAUGUAUAUAUCAUUUUGACCCACACAAUAUAUUUUUUGCUAUUGCUACAAAUAUACUACUACUUGUGCUUUUGUGGUCCAUGGUCACACAUGCAAAUAAGCCCCAGCACCCAUUUAAUCCCAUGAGCUCAGGCUACCUGCUUCACUACCUUACGAAAGGAAAAUAUAUUUACCAAUAUAUUUCUUAAAAUAUAUUGUGAUAUAUUGUAAUAUAUUAUUUUUUUACAAUAUUUUCUAAUAUUUUAUAUAUUUGAAUACAUUUACUAAUAUAUUGAUGAUACAUAUAUUGCAAAAUAUAAAAAUGAUUGCCGCUUUCAAUAUAAUGCAAUAUAUUGCAAAAAAAUAAAUAUAUAUAAGAAUAUAUGCCUAAUAUAUUACAUGAUAUUUUCCAAUAUACUGCAAUAUAUUUUUGUUUCAUUAGGGCUUCCAAUCAGUUAACUGAAGUAGUAAACGCUACACAAUGCCAAGUGACAGAACUGUGUGGAUGCUAAUAUGGUUAUAGUUAUCUUUAUAGUUAGUUCUUGGUUUGAACGGGCCUAAACACGUAUUGUUUUGACAUCACGGUCACUUUGGAAUGUGCCAUUUUAAAUAAAGUUAAAGGUCUUACUCAGAGAUUUGAUAUUACAUUACUAAGUCACAAAAAACAAACAUCAGCUGUUCAUCCAGACAGCAACAAAUCUGCAACCUGUCCAUACACGACUGUGUGAAUCAAGAGGCGUUAACUAAAUUGAUUCGCAAACACCUCACCCACACGCUCACCAGUAGGAGGGCUGUCACUCGCUUCCUUCUUCCUCUAUGAAUACAAGCACAAAAUCAAACCUAUUUUCCUCAUUCAAAGAUCUUUCUGAAUCUAUGUGUCUCUUGGAAUAAAAAGAUGGAUUUUGGAUUGUAUUUAGUGAGAUAUGUUGCAUAUGAUAUGAUUCAUUAGGGGACAUACAGUAAAUUUUAUAAUAGUUUUUCAUGAUACAGAAGGAUCAUUAAGAACACUUUGAAAAUAUAUGGAUUUAAGGUUAUAAAUCUACAGAUCAUUUGGCUAAAUUGAUGACAAUGACAAAAUCAAGAUAGAGUUCAACUGCAUUGUUUAAUUCUGGUUAUCCUCUUAUGACAUAAUUUGUCUUUAGUCUAAAUUGUCAUGUCAGAGUAGGGAUCUUAUUUGGAUAAUUGAAAAAACAUUGGUUGGUUGAUGUCACACCACACAAUGCUUAUUUUUGCGCCUUUAUAUCUGUAAAAAAAUUUUGUAGCUAUGUAUUUGUGGCUAUUUUGGAAGGGUCGUAAUGAUGCGAAUGAAAUCUCAUGUAGCUCUAUUCUGUAACUGAAAAUGUUUUUUGAUUGGUUAAGACAAGGUUAUUUAUGUGUAUGAAGAAAAUAAAGGAAUGUUUAUUGAUUCAA